AUGGUAGAUACGAGUCAUGACCUUCACCUUUUCGAUCAAGCUACUUCGGAUAUACAGAAUACCAUCUCAGAAAACCAUCGACAAGACUUCCUCUGCAAUGCUUCUGCGUCGCUCCUGUUGGAUGAAUUACAGGCGUCAUUUACUAGCACCUCCAUCUGCGAUCAACGACUAGUUGCAUGUAGCCAAAAGUUUGCGCUUCUCGUUCAAAACUUUGCACCUUACUUCGAAAUCCUUGCGCUAUGUGUGCAAUUGCGAUCAGAAUGGGCCAGCUGGCUCUGGGGUACCAUACGACUAGUCUUCAGAAUUAGCAGCAACCACCCUGUAUUUCUGGAGAAAGCUGCAGACAUGCUGGAAACCAUUGCGCAUAUCGUGUCGCCAUAUCGCCAGAUGUAUGAGGGUUGCAAUCGGAAUGGACCCGUCUCUCAUCUCGCUGUGCAGGACCUUCAUCUGGCAGCGCUCAUGUCCAAUGUUUAUGCAGAUAUUGUUUGUCUUUGUCUGGACCUCUACAAGAUUUUCUGUCGGUCCGCACGCGUACUAUGGAGACCUUUGGAUUACAGGUUCGCACGACUCGAGGUACGAUUGGUCCGUCAUCGGAAAUGGCUGGAAAGAGAGACGGAAGGCCAGGCUCAAAACUACUCGGAAAUUGCGAUGCACCGGCGGGAAUAUGCGACGUUUUUGAGUCGUCAGAGCGGAUUUACAGGCAACAAUGGUGAAGACUCUAACGAGCAAAUGUUGGCGAGGCGGAUAAGGAGAAUCGACAAGGCUAGAGAAUGGCUCUCAAAUGGGUCGCUCAUAUCAUGUCCCGAAACCCAUAGGUCUCAUCAGUCUCCGAUGUGUUCAUGUGACUGGUUCUUCAAAUCUCCUACAUAUCGCAGAUGGAAGAAUAUCCCAUUCGAACGAAGGAGAGCUGAUGAUUUGCAUGCCCUCGCAGGCGACUGGCAACAUCGAAUCCUAUUUGUACAAGCUAGAGAAGGUUUUGGCAAGACUACCAUCGCACAGGAAGUAGCAGCGAUACUCGAAGUGAAUGGCGACGGUCCUGAUCCUAGCACAGAGGCAUCGGCAACAGCUUCUUUCUAUUUCGACCUAAAACGUCCUCAAAUGUGUUAUGCAGAUCAGGCAAUGCGAUCACUGGCCUCUCAACUACUUUAUACGCACCGGCGCGAACCUUUGACAUUAGAUGCUGUGUGCCUUAUGCUACGCAGAACUUCUUUUCGUGAAACGGCGACAACAGAAGAAGUGAUGGCAGUCCUCUCUCUCCUGUUACAUCAGCAUCCCACCUAUCUCGUCAUCGAUGGAGUCGAUGAGUGCAAUGAUAUCGAAGUUCUACUAACAUCAUUAGCACAGCUGAGUCGAAAAUCCGACACGAGAGCCAUUCUGUUCAGCAGACCAAACAUCAAAAUCCCACUGGAGUAUCAAAAGUGGGCAUCUGAUGCUCCACAUAUUUUCACUUUAACAAACCAACAUAACGCAGUUGCCAUUGAGCAUUUCCUUUCCCAACUUCUAAAUCAAAUGGCAGAUCAAGGAUUCUUCGGCAUAGCGAUUGACCGUACGAUCAUACCUCGUGUGGCGCAAGUGUCGAAUGGCGAACUUUUAUGGGUUCGCAUACUCUUAAAUUUGCUGCAGUCACCUGUACUGUCUGCCAGAGAGCGAUACGCAACGCUGCAGAAUGUUCAGUUUCUACGAGGUCUCGAAACACUCUAUCACAGCGUUCUCGUUGCUCUACAGCGUCGAUCAGCCCGUGAAAGGCGGAUGAUAGCUGAUGCUUUCCGAUGGUUAUCAUUUUCAAUACACAGCUUGAGUCCAUCUGCAAUGGGAACCGCUCUUUCCGCUGUCGAGGACCAUUCAUCGGAUAUGGUAGAUGGAUACGAUCUUUUACACUCCCUGCCCGAGCUCACUUGUGGGCUUUUGCACCUUGAGAAUGGAACCAUUACAUUUACUCAUCGCUCAAUACCCGAUUUCCUCCAAGCCCAUGCAACUCAGCUAUCGGAAUUCAGCCUAUGCAGUGAAAACGAAGCCCACGCUCAGCUCGCCGCACGCUGUCUAUUACAACUUGCCUGCAAUAUGCCUCAGCAGCCCCUAGGAGCACUGCGACCGCCAUCUCCACCGAGACCUCCUAUCAUAGCUUCGAGCAGCAGCGCAAGCCAACGCACAAAUAGAUCAGAGGACAGCGGAUACAAGUCACUUUCCUCAUCUGACGGAGACAGUGCUAUUAUGCAACCUGCUCAAGGAACGAAUGAGCAUGAUCCGCGCAAUCACAACCUGCGUACUUUAGCUUUCGACUCGCAUCUGCCGUUUCUCCGCUACACAGCACUCUGCUGGCCUAUACAUCUCAGCCGCGCGCUCUCACCCAGCCUCCACAACAUCGAUCUCUCAUCACCUGAAUCCUACCCCUACCUCCCUGCCCUUUAUGCCUUUCUCAGCUCACGUCUCGCAAUCACAGUAUGGGUCGAAGCAUCCUAUCGCUACAACUUGCCGCCAACACUGUCGAGGCUUGUCGGUCCUUUAUCAGAUCUGAAAAGUGAGAUAUCGCCUGCGACUGUGAAGGGUAGGGAAUUGCGCUUUGUGGUCACUGCGUUGAGGGAAUUGAGUGAGAGGUUGGUGGAGUUGAAGAGGGGGUUUGAGGGGGCGCUGAGGCAGAAUCCGAGUUUGAUUUGGCAGAUGACUGGGCUUGGGGUUGGGGCUUAUUGGCCGGUUUGGGAGGAGAUUCUGGGUGUGGAUUGA